UCCAAACUUCGACUCAGGCUUGCGACCAAUCAAUCAUCUGAUAAGCCAACAGCGACUUGAUGGUUGGAAGACUACUGUUGGUCUAGAUGAGAUCCAUGCUUUUUUAUGCUUUGUUAUCAGUUGUACAAUCCGAUUCAUGCGUCUCGUCUACGAAGUUAUCCUGAACACAUCCAACAAGAUCAAAAUGUUAAGAUGACAGCAACAGACUGUGCGCUCAGCGGGCGGCACUCCGAUGGUAACGGUUACAUCGGCGGAAGCCUGCUCAUCUAUAUUCGUCUAAAGGUAUCAGUUAUGCUUCGCAAUAAACAUGCUUCAUGGUCAUCUCAUGCCUCGUGGAGGCGAGGAGGCGAAAAUUCGCCGGUCCUUGGCGAGUGA